AUGGCGGCCUGCAUAGAUGAGAACCUGGACAUGGUGAAGUUCCUUGUAGAAAACGGAGCCAAUGUGAACCAGCAAGAUAACGAGGGCUGGACCCCUCUGCAUGCGGUGGCAUCGUGUGGCUAUCUGAACAUAGCAGAGUACUUAAUUAGUCAUGGAGCCAAUGUGGCCACUGUGAACAGCGAAGGUGAAGUCCCGUCCGACAUCGCAGAGGAAGCAGCCAUGAAGGACCUGCUUCUGGAACAAGUAAAGAAACAAGGUGUAGACCUAGACCUGGCAAGAAAAGAAGAGGAGCAGCAAAUGCUACAGGAUGCCCGACAGUGGCUGAACAGUGGGAGAAUUGAAGAUAUCAAGCAGCCUCGGACCGGUGCCACGGCUCUUCAUGUUGCUGCGGCAAAGGGCUAUUCUGAAGUCAUGAGGCUCUUGAUCCAGGCUGGGUUUAAUCUGAACGUCCAGGACAAUGACGGCUGGACCCCGCUGCAUGCGGCUGCGCACUGGGGAGUGAAGGAAGCUUGCUCCAUCUUGGCCGAGGCGCUGUGUGACAUGGACAUCAGAAACAAGCUGGGCCAGACGCCAUUCGACGUGGCUGAUGAGGGGCUGGUUGAGCAUUUAGAAAUGCUGCAGAAGAAACAGACUGUGUUGCGAAGUGAGAAGGAGACGAGGAAUAAGCUAAUUGAAGCUGACAUGAAUGGCAAGCCUCAAAGCGGACUCUUCACCAACAAAGAGAAGAUUCUUUAUGAGGAGGACACGCUGAAGUCCGUGGAAAUGGAGGAAGAGAACAAGGACUCUAGCAGUUCUAGCUCUGAAGAAGAGGAGGAAGCUGAAGAAGAUGAAGUUUCAGAAUCAGAUGCUGAAAAGGAGUCAGAAAGGAAGGAAGAGCCCUUUGCCAACCACUCCAGUCAUGAGACCAGGCCUAGCAUCACCGAGCAAGUACCACCACCAGAGUCCAACUCCUUCACUGCAUCUGCCAGAAGAUUCAGUUGGCUCGGCAAGACGGACGAGCAGAAGGAUGAGUCACCGUCAUCGUGGCGGCUGGGACUACGGAAGACUGGCAGUCACAACAUGUUGAGUGAAGUCGCUGCUACUCGUGAGGCGCAGAGAGAUAAGACUUCCUCUAUCUAUCGUUCUUCGUCAAGUCCUCGAAUAUCUGCGUUAUUAGACAAUAAAGACAAGGAUAAAGACAACAAGAGCUAUCUUGCCACAAUAGCCCCCAGAAGACUAAGCAGUACGAGUGAUAUAGAAGAAAAAGAAAACAGAGAAUCAGCUGUUAACCUAGUGCGGAGCGGCUCCUACACCCGGCAGCCGUGGAGGGAGGAAUCAAAGGGAAGCGAAGCUCCCCAUUCUGGUGCACCUACUACCUACGUAUCUACCUACUUGAAAAGAGCCCCUUUCAGGCAACAAACUGAUUCUGCUGUAGAGAAAAAUACAGAGGGCAUCUCUGCUAGCACCCCCCUAGGUGUAAUCACAAAUCGUGCUAUACUCGGCUCUGCUAAUGGUAUUGCCAAUGCCGGUGCUGCCUCAACUACAGGAAAGGACUUCUCAGCCGAGGAAGCCAGGGAGCGCAGAAGGUCAUAUCUGACUCCAGUGCGGGAUGAGGAAGCAGAAUCGCUGAGGAAGGCACGAUCCAGGCAGGCCCGGCAGACUCGCAGGUCUACGCAGGGUGUGACGCUGACAGACCUUCAGGAGGCAGAGCGAACCUUCAGCCGGUCUCGGGCCGAGCGGCAAGCUCAGGAACAGCAAAGCGAGAAAGCGGAGAGCACUGAGCCCGCUGAGGACAGCAGCGAGAGACAGGAGACCCGCUCACGGUGGAGCAGAAAUACAGAUGAGGAGACUGUCUAUCGGCGAUUAAGGUGCCCAGUACAACCAGACAAGCCUACGACACCUGUAUCUCCUUCAACGUCAGCACCUCUCCUUUAUACGAGUUCCUACCUGACUCGAACAAAUAAGUAUCUAGGUCUUGACUCUGUGAACCCAGCAGACUUCAGAGGUGCAGCCACAGAGAUGGAGAAAAAUGAGUGUGAAGAUCAGGAUUUAGACGACAGAUCUCUGAACAAACAGUCCAUCCGAGAGAGGCGGCGGCCAAAAGAGAGGCGAAGAGGCACUGGCAUCAUUUUCUCAACAAAUGAUGAUGAUGAUGAAGUUGAUGGAAAUGAGGAAGUGAAGGAAACUCGGCAUGAAAGACUUUCCAGGUUGGAAGCAGCUACGAACCCUGCCGCCAGUGACUCCUCGUACAGUGACCGUGCCCCCAGCCGCUCCAGUGCCUACGCCCGGAGGGAGAACCGGUUAGCCGCCCUCAGCAGCAGACCAGAAGAGGAGACUAACAGGGACUACAAAAAAUUGUAUGAAAGCGCCCUGUCUGAAAAUCAAAAGCUGAAGUCAAAACUGCAAGAAGCCCAGCUUGAGCUGGCCGACAUCAAAUCAAAGUUGGAAAAAGCAUCCCAGCAGAAACAAGAGAAAACUUCUGACCGGUCCAGCAUGCUGGAGAUGGAGAAAAGGGAGAAGCGAGCCCUGGAGCGGAAGCUCUCAGAAAUGGAAGAGGAGAUGAAGAAUCUCCACCAGCUCAAACAGAUUCACACUCUGAGGCAGAUGAAUGAGCAACUGCUGGCUGAAAACAGGGCUCUGACCCGGGUCGUAGCCAGACUUUCUCUGCCUGCCAAGCCCUCCGAAUCAGAGGAGCUGUAG